GAGUGGUGUACGAGGGGGAACAUGAGGUGGGUGAGUAGAUUUCACCCACAACCUCUACAAUUUUACAUUGUUGUUGUGGGAACACAGUUUCACACUCACACACACACAAAUACAUGCAAAUGUAGUCAACUUAAGGUAAACACAUUCUCCCAGACGUGAGGGAGAGAGACAGAGAGGGAGGGAGGAAGGGAGAGAAACUGAUGACAGCCAGCAGCCCCCAGCCUCCUCUCUGCUGUUGCUACAGUUGGGUGAAAGGCACUACAAGCAGAGCUGCUCGUCGUGAGACUGGAAGGAGGGAGAGUGCCGUGAGCCGUGCAUGCAUUGCAGAGCAAAGCCAGUUAGUCUGCUGGUAUGAGUCCAGCUUGAGCAACUCACUCCAGCCCUCUGCACAUCUCAGUCGCUGGGAGCUGCCACAGAAGCAGGUGUGCCUGUUUCCUCUGAAGCAGCGCGUGCAGCAGAGCAUGUUGUGACAGCCAUGUCCCUGGAGAUGGAGAAGACCAUCACCAAGCUGAUGUAUGACUUCCAGAGGAACUCCACUUCUGAUGAUGACUCUGGAUGUGCUCUGGAGGAAUAUGCCUGGGUUCCCCCUGGCCUCAGUCCAGAGCAGGUGCAUCAGUAUUACAACUCCUUACCUGAAGAGAAGGUCCCAUACAUGAACAGCCCUGGUGAGAAAUAUCGCAUCAAACAACUGCUUCAUCAACUGCCACCACAUGACAAUGAGGUGCGUUAUUGUAACUCCUUGGGUGAAGAGGAGAAAAGAGAGCUGAAGCUGUUCAGUAAUCAACGCAAAAAGGACAACUUGGGCAGAGGCAACGUGCGUCCUUUCCCACUAACCAUCAACGGGGCCAUCUGUGAUAAGUGUGGUGGUCAGAUCAACGGAGGGGAUAUUGUGGUGUUUGCAGCUAGGGCGGUUCAUGGAAAAUGGUGGCACCCAAAUUGCUUUGUGUGCUGCAUCUGCGAGGAAAUGUUGGUGGAUCUGAUCUACUUCUACCAGGAUGGCAAGCUCUACUGUGGCCGGCACCAUGCUGAGAGACUGAAACCCCGCUGUUGUGCAUGUGAUGAGAUCAUCUUUGCUGAUGAGUGCACCGAGGCAGAGGGCAGACACUGGCACAUGAAGCACUUCUGUUGCUACGAGUGCGAGACUGCCCUUGGUGGCCAGCGCUACAUCAUGAAGGAUGGACGUCCACACUGCUGCAACUGCUUUGAGUCCCUUUAUGCAGAAUACUGUGAUGCAUGUGGAGAACAUAUAGGCAUUGACCAAGGCCAGAUGACAUAUGAUGGACAGCACUGGCACGCAACUGAAGAAUGUUUUUGUUGUGCCCAUUGUAAACGCUCCUUGCUCGGUCGUCCCUUCCUCCCAAAGCAGGGACAGAUCUUCUGCUCACGGUCCUGCAGCACUGGACAGGAUCCAGAUGAGUCAGAUUCCUCAGACUCGGCUUUUCAGAGCGCUCGUUCCCGUGAGUCCCGCCACAGCACCAAGAUUGGUAAAAAGGAGCGCAGGAAGGCCGAGCAGGAACGAAAGACCGCAGAGGUCCGCCAGUCUGCUCCUCCCCCCAUGGCUGACCGUCUGUCGGCUGAAAUUGAUCCCCUGUCUGUUCAGAUGGAUCGUUUAAGCAUAUCAGCCAGCCAGACCCCAAGCAGGACACCUAACCGCACUCCCAGUCGCACUCCCAGCCGCACUCCAAGUCGUGCACCGAGUCUUAACCAGGUGUGGAUGAGUCGAGAUGACCCUUACGUCCCUGCUGCGUUUGAGGGCCCCCAGCGGGAAUCUUCUCCCACCCCUCCAUCUAUUCAUCUUUUGGGUCAGUGUAAUGCCAGGCAGGGCUACAAUGCCAAUGGAAAUGUUCAUCCUCCAGCCCAGCCUUCUGUCAACCCAGGAAAGAGGCCUGAUUCCUGGGGGAAAGAACAAGGUAAUGCUAAAAGGACCCCUAUGGCUGCCCUGAGAGGUCACUCCUUCAAUGAAAACUGGAUCCACCAUAGCCAGGAUGAGUUCAGGCCCAACAAAUUACGUACCCAGAUGAGCUUCAAUGAGAUGUCAAGUCAGAACCAAGGAUUCUCUGACAAGAGGAGCAUAAGCCUGCAUGGAUUUCAGAGAGACAGGAGGCCUCCACUCACCAGGAGGAACCCCAUCAAUGCCAUGAGUUUCAACGAACCACUGACUCCGCUAGAGCAGACGCCUCGUGGAUCCAUGGACUCCCUCACGGUGUCAAAUGCUAUGGGCAAUUCUUUGGAUGGUGUGAGCAAGCGUCAGGAGCAUUUGUCCAGGUUCUCCAUGCCGGACCUGAGCAAGGAUUCAGGUGUAAAUGUGUCUGAAAAGAGCAACAUGGGGACACUUAGCUCUUCAGUCCAGUUCCAUAGCACAGAAUCUCUGUCCUCUUCUCGUCCCUUUAACAACAACAUGUACACCCCACACAGAGUGGGAUACCCACUGCAGUACUGGGAUGGCCCGCAGCCACUGGGUUUAGAUGGCAAAAUUCAUGCUGGUGUGAUGGGCAGCAGUGGGAACUUGCGGAUGGCUCCCAUGAGUGAUAGAAUGCCCCGUCGACUCAUAAAUGGGCAGGAAGUUGUUUCCCAGAAACAACAGCUUCAACCGAGACGUCGUAAACACCAUCGUGGAAAUGGACAACACUGCAGUACCCGCCACCACAAACGCUCCCGUCGCUCUCGCUCCGAUAAUGCCCUGCACCUGGUGGCUGACCGCCCGACUCAAAUGGUGGAACUGCCGUACCAUCGUGUCCAGGAGGAUUACGAUCGCUUCCCCUCUGGUCAUGCUGCGAGGGAGUUGUUUGGUCAGGAUCCAGGCGGAUACCGACAGCAGCCCCACCGGCCGUGUCCUCGCACCACAUCUGAUCUUACCCUGCAAAAUGCUGGUUGGCAGCCUGUUGGGAUGGGUGGGCCGUGCUGGGGUGAUGGGUACGUGGAAGCGGCUGACCCGUGGUGCUCCAGCUGUUCCUCGUCUUCUGAAUCGGAGGAAAAUGAGGGCUACUUUAUGAGUGAACACAUCCCUCGGCCUGUGCAGUUGUGCUACAUCAACAAUGAAGAGCUACGCCAUCGUUACAGUCCCUCGGGCAUGGCUGGACAUCACGGACCUCUGCACGGACCCAUUCAUGGCCAGCUGCACGCCCGCCAGAGGAGGAAGAGCAAGAACUGCAUCAUUUCAUAAAUACAGAAAUUAUUAAUGGUUAGGGAUGGAUAGGAGAGUCAAGGAGAGCCAGGUAAGGAGACAACAUAAGCAUAAGAGAGAAGCAAAGAGAGUGGGAAGGUGAGUGUGAUAGUGACAGAUAAUAGUGUGUGUGUGUGUGUGUAGGGGUGGACGUAAAGAGACAUUAGGCCUAUUUUUCAUGCUGUGAGGUUACACAACUCGGGUAGUGUUUGUGUACACCUACACAAAAUGAUCUAACUACAAGAGGAAGAAGCUCGUUUGUCUUACACAACAGAAAACAAAAGCAGUGUUUACAAGGAUGGAUACCAACUUGCUGAUGGUAUCGAGAAAAAGCACUGCUGAAAUUGACUACUAAAUAUUCAUGUGGUCAAGGUAAAUAAAAAGAUUUUUGUGCGUAUCUGUGCUUGUGUUCAUGUUCCAGAGAGAUUGAACAAUUCCUUUAGAGUCAAAAAGGAGCUGCAGUGAUGUCAGCAGUGACGUCAGUCCAAGACAUCAAACGUAUCAGUGUGGACAAUCAGGAAGUUGUGUCGGGAUAGUGAAAGCUACGUGCUAGAUUCCAAGCUGUGUCUUUGUUUUACCUCAGUGGAAUCUAAAUGCUGCUGGAAUGUAGUGUUGGCUCGCUAGCCCUGUUAGCACCUUGUACAAAUAAUCUGUUGAAUCUUGUGCUUUACAUAGCCAACUCUCCAUGCUUUACCAAGGACAGAGCUGGAGCCUCUGCUCCUUGACCAUUCAGACACAGUAACGUCAGGUAUGGUCCUGUUUUCUCUUCUGCAACAUGCUAUGUUUUUUGAGAGUAUCUUAAUAGAUGAUUACGAUUAUAAUCCUAUCAAUAGAGAAUUAAUAACAUAUAAUGCAAAUAAUAAUCAUAGUGAAAUUAAAGAUAUUACCUAUUAAAUGUAUAUACAGUGCCUGACAAAAGUCUAGUCGCUUAUCCAAGUUGUAGGAACAGUAAAUAAUAAAUUGACUUUCAGUUGCUCAUUUGGAUUCAGAAACAACUUGUAUGAAAGGCAAAAGCCUCUGGAUAAUGCUUAUUAUAGCAAAAGAAAAUUUUGUAUCAUUCAUUGAAUUUUAUCAUUGAAUUAGGAAAGAAAGUUCAGAUUGCUCUUGGACAAAAGUCUUGUUGCAUACCAAAAUAAUGUACGGUAAAAAUUAAAUUUUCCUUUGAACACAUAAAAACGGGCUACAAAAACAUCAGAACAUAAAUUCAGUGUGCCUUGGUAAGAAGAAUUAAUAUUGUGUAUGACUCCCAUGAACUUGGAGGACUCCAUCCAUACAUCCCAGCAAUAACUAACUAAACUAAUAAAUACUAACUAAUAAAUAACUUGGCAAAAUCAUCUGGAAUGGCAAAAAAAAGCAGUCUUGCAUGACGCCCAGACUUCAUCAAGAUUCUUUGGUUUCAUCUUCCAAGCCUCCUCCCUCAUCUAACCCCAAACAUGCUCGAUACUGUUCAUGUCUGGUGACUGGUGACUGUGACUGGGCCGGCCAAUCCUAGAGCCUCUUGACCUUCUUCACUAUUAGGAACUUUGAUGUGGAACUGGAGAAUGCUAAAGAAUUUGCCAUGCCUUGUGGUUUGGAAGGUAAUGGACAGCAUAUAUUUCCUCAGACUGUUGGUGUUACGAUCCACUCUGCAGAUCUCUUGCGCACCCCCAUAUUAGAUGUAAGCCCAAGCCAUGAUAUUCCUUCACCAAACUUCAGUUUCCUGGGUAAAUCUUGGGUUCAUGUGGGUUCCAACAGGUCUUUUGCAGUAUAUGCGGCGACUGGGUCUUAAGCCUCCAAAUCAAAGUUCCUGAUAGUGAAGAAGGUGAAGAUGCUGCAGGAUUGGCCAACCAAGUCACCAGACAUGAACAUUAUUGAGCAUGUUUAGGGUUAAAUGAAGAAGGAGGCUUGGAAAAUGAAACCAAAGAAUCUUGAUGAAGUCUGGGAGUCCUGCUAGACUGCUUUUGCAGACGCAUUGAUGGAGUCCUCCAAGCUCAUCGGAGUCAUACAAAAUAUGAAUUCCUUCUACCAAGGCACUCGGACUUUAGGUUCUGAUGUUUUUGUGUUUUGAAAGGAAAAUAUAACUUUUACCGUACAUUAGUUUGGUGUCCGUCAAGACUUUUGUCCAAGUGCAAUCUGACCUUUCUGUCUUAAUUAAAUGCUAAAACUUAAUAAAUGAUACAAGACUUUAUUUUGCUAUAACAAGCAUAAGCAAGAGGCUUUUGCCUUUCAUAUGUUAUUUCUGAAUCCAAAUGAGCAGCUACAAGUGAAGCUAAUAUUUAUUGUUGCUACAACUUGGAUAAGCGACUAGACUUAUGUCAGGCACUGUAUAGUAAUACAUAUAUUAAAGCAAUGGAUUUAGUAGUAUGUAAAUGUCAUGUACAUAUGGUCUUAAAUAUCUAUAUAUUUUGUAACUGAAGAAUCAUUAUUUGUAUAAGAUCAUGUAGAGAUAGGGAUUCUUGCAUGUCAUUUGUUGUUGUUGCAUACUUAAAAAAUAAAGUGUACUUCUAUGAACAACCA